CAACAACUCUCAGGUGCGUUCGAUGCGUGGCCUCGACGUGGCAACGUCGAGCCUCGUCUUCACUUCCUGCCAGCUGCAUCGCCUCCUCCCCAUUACGACUUCUGAUCCGGGCAAAUCGAGGGAACGAGCUCCGGCUGCUCCUUUCUUCCUCAUCUCCAUCGUCGGCCACCAAGAAGACGAAGGUCGCCAACGAAAUAGAGCAGCGGCCGUUUCAUCUUCUUUUGCGUUCCUUAAUCUAGUCUCGAUGCCGGUUCCAUCCCCUCUAAUCUCAGCCCCUAUCAUGCAGUGGUUUUAUGGGAACGCGGACCUCGCCAUCGUUGCUCCGGGUUCACGUCGUCGUUCCAACCGAACUGAACCACCACAAGCCGAACCCUUGCGCCACCAGGGUCGCCUCGACGUCCCCUUCAAGAUUCCUCAAGAACCACAUGGAUCGGUGAAUCGAGGAGGGAGAUCGGCGUCAUCUUCUCCAACUCCGGCCGCCGGCAUCGAUCUUCGAUUCCUGCCACUUCGCUCAUCGUCCCGUUCGAGCUGUCGUCGUUCACCCGCGGAAGGACGCCGUCGCCAAGCGGUUCCGCAAGUCGCCGCUGCUGCCAAGACCUCGACAACCCUCGUUAGACUCACAAUAAUUGCAUAAGCGGUGAAGGAAUGGAUUAGGUGCAAACAUUUCUCAAUAUCAAGGCAAGUUCUCCUCCCAUCCUUUGAACACAUUGAAUCCCAUGAUUUGAGGAAUGAAAAUAUUUGUUUGCAAAGUUGCAUAUGAACUUAAACUAUACCGAUAUUUAAAAUUGGGAUAAGGUAGUUAUGACCUAUCUGCUGCAUACCCUACCUUCAAUAAUUGUGAUCCUUGCUGCUUAAACCCCUAGAAAUGGUUAGAGUACACUCUUUGUGCUCAAAUAGGUUUAUAUAUGCUCUAUGUCCAACUACUUGCUUAGCCAUGCUUAGAAACAUGCAAAUGCUCAUUCCAUCUAUAAUUAAAAUAUGAUUUUGACGCAUGAACCUUUGCUGGAAUAAAAUGAAUAUGAUAGGUAUUUGUGAACUAAAAUAAGUAAAAUGUGAUUUUAGACUUGGGCGGCAAGUGGUGUGCAUAUGAUGUUAGUUGCAUACCGAUAGGGGGAGUGUUUGCCCGAGUCCGUAAGGACUGAACUUGUGUCACCAACUUAAAGUUAUUCGUACAUCCACAUGUGCUAGUAUGGGAUGGACUAAGCUGAUUAAUCUAUUUAGAACUAGCCUUGCAU